UCUCAAUCUUUCCAAGGCUGUCCGCUAACUCCAACCGUCACAUGUGUGCGCAAUGCAACCUAUCAGAUCCCUCGUCGCGAUCUCUACUAGCCUUCUCCUCACUAAGAUGGCCGCGCAUCCUCCGAAAUAUGCUACCUUUCCUUGCCUAGGGAUGCGCGUCAAGGGUUGCAUGCAGAGACGGGGGGGUACCCGACAGGAAGAGAAAAAAAGCCUCCUUCCAAGAUUCAGCAGUUGACUUUGAGGAACUAGG